UUUACUGGAAGAAAUGUAGCGGAGUAUAAAUAUCUUCCUACGGUUGUGCUUUAGAAAACGCCCUUAACCCAAUAAACCACAACAGCGACGAAUGUAGUUUCUUUAUAAUAAUUAACCGCACCGUGAGGAGGCUUACAAGACAGCGUGCUCUAGUGAAUUGUUGUCUCCUUUCAUUUUGUUCAUUCACAGAUAAGAAAAGAAGCGACUUAAAAGAAGUACAAAGGGCACUGUGUUUAAUAAAGUCUGCAUUUUCAAGGCAGAGCUACGACGACAGUCAGGCGAAUCACCGAACCAAGGAGUACCGGUGGAGAACUCGGUUACGCAGUUUUCUUCUUGAACAAUUUGAAGAGACUGGCUGGGCGGUUCCGCAGGAAGAAAAAUGCCUGGACGUAAUAAUAAUAAUAAUUCUGAGGAUAACGUGUUUAUGAUUUCAAUAUGUCUGGGGCUGGCCUUGUUUAUUGUCAGUGUGACUGGAGAAUGUGACUACCCUCCAGAUUAUCCCAAUGCCGUACUGAAAGAAGAACAUCAAACUCAAGGGCCACCUGACUUUGUAGAGGGGUUUAAAAUCACUUAUACAUGUCAGAGUGGGUAUGUACCGAACGGUGGAUCUCCAAAAAUCACUUGUACCAGUUCACAGUGGUCACCUCUGACCUUGGUGUGUGAACGCCGAUCAUGUGGAAAUCCAGGAGAGAUACUUAAUGGAUACUUUAAUACUGAUGAGGGUGUUCUUUUUGGAGCCAAGGCUUAUGCUGUUUGUAAUGAAGGAUACCAGUUGGCAGGCAAUGGUGUCAGAAACUGUCACGCUACUGGCUGGGACGGUGCCAUUCCUAUAUGUGAAAGUGUAAAGUGUCCAAACCCUCCAUCGAUUGUAAAUGGUGAAAUCACAAACCCACCUCAGGGAACUGUCACGUUUGGCACGUCAUUUACCUACACGUGUAGUAAAGGGGUUCUGGUGGGUAAUAGGGAGCUUGUUUGCACCAAAUAUGGAAACUACAGUAGUGAUCCUCCAACAUGUAAAGAUCACAAAGGCUGCCCUUCUGUUCAAGUGGAAAAUGCCGUUAAGACAGCUGGAUUUGGACCAGUUUAUAAAUAUAAGGAUUCCAUUACCUUUGCUUGUAAUCCUGGGUAUAUUCUUAAAGGCACUGCCACUGUUAACUGUGGAGUAAAUGAAACUUGGGAACCUCAACUUCCGACUUGUGAAAAAGCUCCAACCACACCCACAACAACAACAACAACAACUACAACUACCACCACAGAAGUGCCUCCACCACCCUCUCCUGCUCCAACCACCACAACCACAGAAGUGCCUCCACCACCCUCUCCUGUAGGAUGUGGUAAAACAUGUGGAAUCAUCCUUGGUGUACUUGUUUCUGUCAUAUUGGUGGUUAUUGCUCUUCUGGUCUAUUGCCUGUAUUUCAGAAAUACGAAAGGCUCAUACCACACUGCAGAAGACAAUAAGAGGUUUGCUAUUAAAGAUGAGCAACAUACCAUGAAUUGCGCUUGAAAAGGAAAUCUUCUUCUCCUCACACUGAUGCUGUUUAUUAAAUCGAUGCUAUAGGAUUCUCACCAGUGGCUUGCAUCAAUACAGACACUAUGAUCUGAUUGUUGAAUAUUUUUUCACUGCAAAUUAAAUUGUGUGCACCUCUGUUUCAGCAAUAGGUAGGGGCUGAAGUUUGCAAUAAAUCGUUUAAGUAGCCUGUA